GGGCUGCAACUUCUUCCGCCAGCGGCUAGUCUUGUCCACCCUGAGCGGGCGCCCCGUGAAAAUCCGCAAGAUCCGGGCCAAAGACGAGAACCCCGGCCUCCGAGCCCAGUGAUAUUCCAUUACAUCCAUGUACUGUGACUUGUUUAGCCAUUCUUCACUCUAUGGACACUGUUCUCAGCUCUUCACUGAGAGAUUUUGAAGCCAGUUUUGUACGGCUUUUAGAUAAAAUAACCAAUGGCUCUCGAAUUGAAAUAAAUCAAACAGGAACUACUUUAUAUUAUCAGCCUGGGCUCCUGUAUGGUGGGUCUGUGGAACAUGACUGCAGUGCCCAUCGGAGUAUUGGGUAUUACCUGGAGAGUCUUCUCUGCCUGGCCCCUUUUAUGAAGCACCCAUUAAGAGCAGUUCUUCGAGGAAUAACAAAUGACCAGGUCGACCCAUCAGUAGAUGUUCUGAAGGCAACAGCUCUCCCUUUAUUGAAACAGUUUGGAAUUGAUGGUGAAUCAUUCGAACUUAAGAUUGUCCGGAGAGGAAUGCCCCCGGGAGGGGGAGGGGAAGUCUUCUUCUCUUGUCCUGUGAGGAAGAUGUUGAAACCCAUUCAGCUCACAGACCCCGGCAAAAUCAAACGUAUCCGAGGAAUGGCUUACUCUGUGCGGGUAUCGCCUCAGAUCGCCAAUCGCAUCGUGGAGUCUUCUAGGAGCAUCCUCAACAAAUUUAUUCCCGAUAUCUAUAUUUACACAGACCAUAUGAAAGGGAUCAACUCUGGAAAGUCUCCAGGAUUUGGGCUUUCGCUUGUUGCUGAGACCACCAAUGGUACCUUCCUCAGUGCCGAGUUGGCCUCAAACCCCCAGGGUCAGGGAGCAGCAGUGCUCCCAGAAGACCUUGGCAGGAACUGUGCAAAGCUGUUGCUCGAAGAGAUUUAUAGAGGAGGUUGUGUGGACUCCACCAACCAGAGUUUAGUUCUGCUCCUCAUGACCCUUGGACAGCAGGAUGUUUCCAAAGUCCUGCUAGGACCGCUGUCUCCCUACACAAUUGAAUUUUUGCGACAUUUAAAGAGUUUCUUCCAAAUCAUGUUCAAAAUUGAAUCUAAGCCAUGUGGUGAAGAGCUCAAGGGAGGGGAAAAGGUACUGAUGACAUGUGUGGGAGUUGGCUUCUCAAACCUCAGCAAGACCAUCAAGUAGCAUCACUUCCACCUUCAAGUCAGACCAGAACAGACUGAAAAGUGAAGAUACCUGAAGACUGCCGUGCAUCCAUUUAGGACAGGAAAGCCACAUCCAUUAAGGACUCCCCCCCCCCCUUUUUUUUUUUUUCUUUUUUAUAGGACAUUAAAAAUAAAAGACAUUUAAAUAA